UAUAAUGGGCGCUCUGGGGGCAACAUUGUUUGACAUUGUUCGCGAAUCCCCCCGACAAAUGAUUCGUGUAACCUUAAUUUAGCGCGGCGCGUAUGCUCCACAGCACGCACGACAAUCUGCGACGAAGAACGAGAGUUUUACGCGAAUCAUGUGAGCGCUUAGUGUCUACGGUGUCUACUACUUAAGCCGAGUGUCGUGUCUUAAAUCGCCGAUCUGCAGCCAUAUUUCCCUGUUAUCUGAUGAAAAGUGGCGAUUUCAGCAGCCGAUCAUCAUCGCAGGACAAAAUUCGAGGUCAAGAUUUUGCUUCAGAAGUAGUACUUACCCCUGAAAUCUAAAGUGCUAGACUGCAAAUCCGCACAAACUAACCCCAAGUGGACAAAUAAACUACAUUUAAGUUGCAAGUUCAUCACAUGGUUACGUUACGCAUGUAACCUAAACGCAGUAUCAUACUGUAUGAAGAGAAGGUCACCAGUGAACUCUAAAACCAUGUGACUUUCGUUUUAUAAAGCCUCACAAACAAUUUCGCAUGCUGUAUGCAAAUAAAUGAGAGCUCUAAGUUUCAACGAAGGACUGUGUUAUGAACGACCUAUUUGACAGUCGUGAUUUUUUAGCCCAAGGAAGUCUGCUCGAAGCAGACCAUCCAGAUUAGGCACUCCAGUGCCAAAACCGGGUAAUGGAUCCCGUUGGUCCAUGGUAUGCAUCGAAUUAUCGCCUAGGCACUGGAAGUGCUGCUAGUACCUUUCAAGCUACGAGCUCCGGCACAAGUAGCGACUUUGUAACGCAUCAUCUAGCAACUGCUGCGACACACGCAGUUCCACCUGCGACCACUUCGCAACUACUUUUGCAAGCGGCCCACACAACCGCAACUCUGGCGGGUCAACCUUCGCCCUUUAACCCAGGGGGGUUUCUAUCCCCACCCCCUGUGGGUUACGACGUCUUCUCACCUUUGUUUCAUCACUCUAAUCCUAAACAAGGACACUACGUGGCUCAGCAGAGACAAGUGAUCGCCCAAGCACAACCGGUCACUGGGACCAAACAAAAUUCUGCUACUGAAAACGAUGUCUCAACACUCCGAGAAAAUUACAGCUCGACGCAUCAAGCGACCUUUUUCGAACAUCAACCAGCCUCGACUUCUCCAAAUGCCUCGACCUUGGCAUGGACUCAUCAGAGCAAUUCUCAACUACCAAGUCCUUUUGGCAUUCUGCCGCACGAAAGCGUGGUACCUUCUUCUCCAGGACCUCCUUCCACAAAAUCCGGUUCCUACGACAAUUUUAAUGCUCACUUCGCGGGGACUCAGCCUAUCAACAACAUAAACGUCCAGAUUUCGUCACCUAUCACCACUGCUGGGGAUUUUAAGGCUGCAAACUAUGACAAGAAAAUCAUAAGGUCUUCCUCGCCGGUCUCUGUCAAAUCUGCAGUUACGACUGCCCAAAGCAGCACCAGACAGACCUUUUUUCAGCAAGUACCAGCAACUUAUAGCUCUGAAAGUUUGGCUAACAACUACUCGAGUAACAACAACCAGUCUACGAAUCCCAAAGUCCAGACGGCACCUCUACUGCAUCAGCAGUCGUGUAUCGUUUCGACCCCUAGCAACCCAUCCAGUAAAGAAUACAGGAUUCCCCAGCCAGGUUCGAGGACAGUAGCACCUACAACCGUCUUCAUAAAUGCCACAGCUAGACCCGCGCCUUCACAAAUCCAGGCGAAGCAACCGAGUAGGAAUAGUAAUUUUGCAUCUCCUCCGAAUAAAACGCCGUCUAAUUCACAGCAGACAAUUCAAACGAAGGCGCAGUCAAAGGUUUAUCCGGAACUGGCGAGUCAUAAUGAUCACAGAAGGGCGGAUCAUGAAAACAGCCAGUCGUCACCGAUCAGCUUCUCAAUCAUGGAUUCGAGGAACAUGAACUACGCGAGUAAUACUACUACUAAUUGCAAUAAUACAACUAAUAAGAUUUCCAGUGAUCAGAGGACUCAGAAUAACAAUCUGCAGCACACUCAGCAGUUUCAUGUUUUGAAUCAACAGCAGCAACAAGCGACACGUUUUGAAACAACAACUACAACUUACCGGCAUUACUCAGGAUCUACAAGCGAUUCGGAAUAUCAUCACCCUGGAAGAUCGAAAUCUGCGGCGUCUACCGACAGCGCCUAUUCUUCAAACACUUCCACCCAAAAUGGACCGGACUGUGGAGUUGUCGUUCCCAGAAGACCAAGUCCUCUUCAAGCGCAUUCUCAAGCAAGUCCCCUGGGUCAUGUUCCGAGUCCAGCUUAUCCAAUGUACAACAGUCCAAUGGCCACGAUGUCUUCACCUUCGCCUCUCCAGCAACACGGAGAGAACAACGGCAAUCAGUGUGCAAGUGGAGCUACCUACAAAACCGGUAUCCAACAGCAAAUUACUCCACCUUCUCCUCUUGACGUCACCGUUCCUAGGCCUUCAUCUCAAGGCCAGGUUGCUUACUCUUCAGUGAUUACUCGAGCCUUGGGCUCUACAGAAAACAACAAAACGACCUACAACACCGAAAGUAGAACCUACGAACGACAGCAGGAGUUUCCUCAAACCCAGAAGCAGCAGGUUUGCUGGGAAAACGACAAUCGUCACGCGAAUGCCACUCGGAAAUAUGCAGUUUCUACUACUUAUGGGACUAAUACUGAGAUUAAUACUCAGUUGGCUCCUCAGCAGCAACAGAGGGUCAUUACUGUUACUGAGAGACAGCAGACCUUCUUUGAUUCUAAUCAGGUGAAUUUGCAAGAUUCAAGUGGUUGUAGAGGAGAUCCUAAGAGCAUUUUAAAAACCUUGCCAACUUUACAGCAAGGUGUUUGUCCGGUUCAGCAGCAGCAACAGCAGCCAGUUGUUACAGCAGCAGUGGCGGAUCAACUGAAGCAGCCGGAGGAGAGACGAAAACCUGAGACGCCUAAGAAGAAGAAAAAUGUUGAGAAGGGAACUCAUGCAGCUCCGUUGAAUGAAUUGACUGGAGCGGCAGUGAUGACGGAAUACUUGAAUAGAAUACCACCACCUGCACAUCAUAAUGCUAAUCAGCAACAGCAGAAUGGGUAUUUUGAUUUCGAGAGGUGGAAUCUACCGCCUCCACCUUCUAAAAUGUUUUCUAGUUCCCCAGGGGCCUUUGGUUCUCAGCCGACCUUGCAUCAUUCGAGCAACUUUGUUGGCAAUCCUGCACAUCAGCCUCAACCGUUGAUGGUGACUCAUCAUCACACGGCUCCUCCCCUUACGUACUUUCCGGCUUUUCAUAUUUCUCCGGGUCAUCAUCCACAUCCGCAUGAAUUUCAGUCUUCCGUCGAAAUAGCCUCGAUUGCAUUUGGCGAUAAUGAGAGUCAAAGUUCUAGUUAUGCUGAAGAAAUGAGGGAUGAUAAGCCUAAGGUGAUAGUCCCGGAUAUUGAAGAAGAACUGGGGUUUUUGCAACAGCAUCCUCAAUCAGUUGUAACUAAUCAAGCGAGUAAGGAAGGUAAGAUUAAGGGAAACGAUCCUAAUUCAGGAUUUAUGACGAGUUACUUGAAGUUCUUGCAAGGUGAUAGAGAUCCUUCGCCUGAACCCGCAAUAAGAGGUGGAAGGAAAGCGAGUUGGAAUAGGUCAAAGCCCUAUAUUCCACCGGAACCUAGCAAGUCUUCGGAUGGAUCGAUGAAUGGGGAUGUUCUGAAAACCCAGGAUAAAAGCAAGGAAAUGCCUCAAAUUGAUUAUGCGAAUGACCCUAGGUAUUUCCCCUUGCCAAAAGAGAGGAAGAAUAAGAACUUCGACUCUAGUGAUGAUGGGUUUACUAGUGAUGAUGACUUUCCGUUCGGUACUAAGAAGCCGGAGAAGAAAAGUAAUAAUAUCGCUGCUCCGAGUAUUAGUAGUGCUCCGGAGGUUGUGAAAGCGGAGCCUAAAGCGAGGAAAGGAAGACCUAUUAAGCCUGGUGGUCCCACUGAUAGGAAGAGGAAGGCUGCGGCUGCUGCUGCUGCUGCGGCUGCUGCUGGCGAGGGAGUUACUCCCGGAAAGGUGAAAAAAUUAGGAGUUGACCCACUAUCACUUCCCAGACGAGAGACGUCUCGGAGGAAAGCAAAAGAAAAAUCGUCUGUGAAAAAGUUGCUAGAUCAACAGCAGGGCAUAGAUUACUUCGACAAUGACGAAGAACUAGGCGAUUCGGAUUCUGAUCCCGCCUGGACCCCAGCGGCAAAACUUGCUGGAGACGAAGAAGAAAAGCGAAAAAAAAGGGGAAGGCCUGUAAUCAGCAAAAGAUCCCGAAAAGUAAUGGACGAGGAUGGCUAUUCAUCCAGCGACGCGCCGAUUCCUAAGAAAAGUGGAAGGAAAAAGCACGAUAUGUAUUCGAAGAACUCAAACAGCAGCAAACUUAUCUGUAAAAUUGAUGAAAAGAUGUUGGCUGCUGUCAGCGACGAAGAUAUCGAUAUUUCUCCUUUCAAGCGUUCAAUGGAUAAUUCAAACGAUGCGUCUGGUGAGUUUGUGGUGAUGAAGGCCGAUUUGGGAAUAGAGUUCCCGCCUCUUUGGAGAAUAGAUGGCAAAACUCUACUUCAAAAGUAUGAGCCAUUCAAAUCAAAUGGGAAAACUUUAUACCGAAAUAUAUCCACGUAUUCUGGUUGGGCGCCGCAAAAUCGGAACAUUUACCAACAAGUUCCAGUCAAAUUUUGUCAAGAAGAUAAACUUGAAACGGUCGUUGAGUUCUUGAGAGAUGAAAUGAUUAUCGAUGAUAGUGAGUGCAUCGAGAAAUCCAUGAAAGAGACGGAGAAAUAUCAAGAUAAUUUUGAGGUUUAUAUACAAACAUUAAUAUCUCAAGCUUUGGAUUCAAAUUUCCUCACUGAAAUAUUCCAAGAACAAGAUGAUUAUUUCUUAUCUAAUGUGAAAACGGUCGAUGAUGUGACGGAAGAAAGAAAGCGUCGACUGCUUUCGACAACGACUUGGCGUCAAAGUGUCGUAUCAGCAAUUUCAACGUGGCCAUGCUUAAACGUACUGACGGAUUUGGCACCUGCUGAUUACAAAGGAAAAGUGUGUGCUGGUUGUCAAAAGGCCAACGUUAAUGCUAGGGUAUUGCUUUACGGGCAACCGUAUAAUGGAACAACUUUGGAAGGCUCACCCCCUGAUCCUAGUGUGCUUCAAGAAAAGGACUUUUUGUUCUGUCGAGUGUGCCAAACUAAAGUUGCAGUGUACAAUAAGGUAUCACACCAGAAGUAUCUGAUGUUCCUAGAAUGUACGAGAAGAGUAUCUGACAAGAGAAUGUCUGAUCCUCACAAGGAUACGACGAUAAUACUGAAUGAGUUGUUGGCAGAUGAAACGUGGCUAAAUCAGCUCUUUAAGGAAGUAAGAAGUGUCUGGGCCGAUAUCGACAGUAUGGAGCAUCAGGCUAAAUUAAAAUCGAUUGGAGCAUCCUGUAGCCAAGUCGAAAUGUCAAAAUCAUCAUGUCCAACCGCCGAAGAUGCUAACACAACUUCCCAUUCAGAGAUUUUUACCCCAAAAGUGGAAAUUGAUUGUCAAAACCUGUUCCACAAUUUUCCAGAAGACGUAGUGGCGUCUUAGUGUUGCUAAACCGAUCGCUAUUUUCGAUCAUUUCAGCUACAGCAAAAGUGAUGAAACUGUUGUUACUAACGUGAUUAUUUGUUAACACUGUCGUGUCAAUCACCUCGUUGAUGAACUUACACCAAACGACUAAUUGGUGAAUCGAUAUUCGUUAAAUAAUCGCAAAAGAUUAUUGUAGAUUAAGUCCUAGAGAGUAAAAAAGAUGAAGUACACGCACCGAACACAUGUAAUAUACUCACUCUACUUCGUAAGAAUUAGAUUCAUGCCCAAGUUUCGCCAUUAUCCUAGUUUACUCUGUAUGAUGAACUAUGAAUAUAUUUGUGUGAAUAUAGGAAUAGUUGUAGUAAUCGUAUCGUUCGAAACCUGACAAAAUGUUUCGAAAUUAACUUUUGCUUGGAACUGAAAGGCACGAAUGGAAUUUUGCGCGUAUGAGAAUUAGAUUUAGAGUGAUACAGUAAGUUAAAGAUUUGAUCUUUCUGUAAAAUAUUUGCAGUUGUCACAUUGCUCUUUUUAUUUUGAAACAAAGCGGAAAAAUUCGUGUUACAAGCUUUUCGAUAAAAGCGCGAGUUUACUUGUUUGAGAUUUAGAGUGAUAUAGUAAGUUAAAAAUUCGAUUUUUAUGUAAAAUAUUUCGAUACCUCGCCCGUAUUGUUCUUCUAAAACAUACACUUUACCGUUGGUCGUAUAAACUAACCAUUCUGCUUUUUGCGUUGACCCCCUCCCUUUAAAACGCAUACGCGGCGUUCAGUAGUACAAAAUCAAAUAGCAAAUGCGUAUAAUAAUUGAUAUUCACUGACUUAGUAUUUCAUUUAGAAUUCACUUGAAUUCACUCAAUUCUUCUGAAGUUAUUGAAUUCUCUGACAUUCUUGAAUUAUUCUGAAUCCGUCGAGUUCUUCCAAAUUUCUUGCAUUAUUUUGAAGUGCUGGAAUUCCGCGAAUACAAGUAGUUCAGAGAAAUUGACAACAUUUAAAGGAAGUUGAAAGAAUUCAAAAGAACUUUAUAGAAUACAGAGAACAAAGAAUGUAAAUAUAAAGGAAUUCAAGAGAAUUUAAAAUAAUAUACUAAACCAGAUAGUAUUCAUUACCAAACCUGGCUGCUGUUUAUCGGGUAUAUGUACAUACUAAAACGGCGGGCCAGCUGAAAAACAGAAUGAUCAGUUUAGAGUUUAGAUGACUAACGCCAUGGUGGUCGUUUUUGAUGUACAUAUCCGAGAGAGGUUCUUUCAACAUGAAAGUAUCGAUUUUCAGGUAUCACAAUUUCGAGACUUUAAUUUUUUUUAUUUUCAAGCAAAGGUUGAUUAAACCUUUCCGAUUCCGAAUUUCGAUCCAUUAAAUCAAAUCAAUACGUAGCAUUUUUGUACUUAUUCAUUCGGAAAUAUUUCUGAAAACCUUGAUAAUUUUGUACUUUAAAAAAAUCGAAUUCGGGUUCGUUAAAUGUAAACAUCGCCUGAAUAUGAUCGUUUAUUUUCCUUUUUUUUUGUAAUUAUUAUUUGGUAUUAUAAUACGUAUUAAAACUCCAUAGAAGCAGGGGCAACUAUACAAAUUGUUUUUGUACGUUUUAGAAAAACGGCUUAUGAUUUUUCUGCAGUUUCUUGGUCAAUUUAUUUUCUUAGAAUAUGAGAAACUUUUUUCUAAAAUAUAUUUUUGGUAAUUAUUUGACCAAAGAAUGUUAAUACGAGUUAUGUUAAAUAUUUGAAAUGGUUUUCUAAUGUGCAAAGUCCGCACUUUUUAUUAAAUUUUCCAGUUUACUGGAUGCUGGAAGGGAAUGUUAGAUUUGUCAGAUCACAGUUUAUUUUUAGCAUUAGUUGACUUGUCUCAUAAUUUUAUAUUAUAUUCUGGACAGAGAAAUGGAAUGCAAAGUUGCUUCUGUGCAUAAAAAUUUGCAGUGAGAUAAAGCGACUUCAUUUUUAACGUUGUACAUAAAUUAAAGAUUUCAAUUAAGAAUGUUUAUUUUAGUACUUUAUAUAACUUGGAAUCAGUUCCAUUUUGAUCUUCCUAAAAUUUUUCAGUGAAUUUAAACACAUUUUCCAGUAGGUGAUAUAUCUGCAGUGUAUAAUUAUUAUAUUUUUUAAGUGCUAGAAAUUAUUGUAUUAUUGAUAUAAUUGUCAUUCUUACGAUUGUUUAUGGUUUAUAAUAACCAAGUUUUUAUCUGUUUUCAAAUUUAUUAAAAAAAUGAUUAUAAAUGUGCGGUGAUAUGCGUGUUGGGCGCGAAUGUAUUUUUGGAAGACGAUGUAUCAAAUUAUAUUUGUAAAUUGUAAAAAUGUAUUAGUGAAAGCUAUUGGUCGCAGCUACUUCGAGUGACUCUCGAGUGAAGACAUUUUUCGUAUGCUAAGCAAAGAAUUUGAAAGUAUAGCGUCGCAGAUUUCAGAUUUCAAAGAAAGAUUCAUUGUCAGUCCUCCAGGUUCUUACAGGGAAUUAAAAUUCGGGCAUUCGGAAUUAAACAGUGUAAUAGAAACAAGGAAAGAUACGCGGUAAUAAGAUUUUUGUUCUAGCAAAUGUGCCAUGCAAUCGUUUGGAUUUAUGCCUCCGUCGUUUGUAUUUGUACUUGUCGAAGGGGUCAAAGCUCUUAAAGACAGUGCUGAGUGUACCAAAAGGAACUCCUUGCGAUUUGGAACUUGUGCAGUUUCAGCUUAAUAUAUCACACCUACUGUCAGCAUUAUGUAGAUUGAAACUUUAAUAUUAUUGUUGUUCUAUACCUUCUUCGGACAUAAAUAAGCGAUGCGUUCGUUCUCGCAGUUGUAAAUUUCUUAUUCAACUCUUAGUCUCAGAUUAUGAGGUUUUUAUUGGUAGAAAGAAAUUGCAGUAUUUUCUGUUAUCCUCAAUGAAAAAAGAUAUCAAAAUAUAAAUAUUAUAUUAUAUUAUAUAUAAUGAAAUAU